AUAUCUUUUAGGAGAUUCAUUUUUGAUCAUCAUCAGCAUUUUUAACUGGAAAAUGAAAUCUUUACUGUUGUCAUAAAUAUUCCAUCUUUUUCUGUCACCAUUUCCCACCAGAAGAGAAGAUUGGAAUAAGUCUUCUUCUUCAAUUGGUUGUUUUCUUUUUUUCAGUACCAGUUGUUCUUUAAGUUGGCUGUGGCAGCUGCUCAGAAACAACUACUUCUGAUUUUAUCCACCCUCAAAACAAUCUUCAAAGUUAGUCUCUUACCUGCUCAGUAGUACUACUACCUGUUCUCUUUUACUGCAGAAAAGGGCUCUGCUCAAAAUCUUAUCAUGGAAGGGCAAGUAAAAGAGUAAUCAAUAUCAUGUUCGAGAUGAUGCAGAUAUAGCUUGAUUGUUUAUGCAAGGGAUUGAAAAUCCACAUUAAGGAGAAAACUAUUCAGCAUUUUAUAGCAUUUGCCAGGACAAAGCAAAAUCAUGGCUGAAGAUUUUGCACUCAAGGAGACAGCUCCAAAAAUUGCUGGAUCAGGAGCUAUUAUUGAUGGAGAUAAGCUCACUUGCACCUAUGAUCUCGUCGAGCAAAUGCACUACAUAUACGUGCGGGUAGUCAAAGCAAAAGACCUUCCACCAAAGGAUGUUACAGGCAGCUGCGAUCCGUAUGUUGAAGUGAAAGUUGGAAACUACAAAGGAGUUACUAGGCAUUUCGAGAAGAAACUCAAUCCAGAAUGGAAUCAUGUCUUUGCUUUCUCGCAGGACAAACUUCAGGCAUCAUCCAUUGAAGUGGUGGUGAAAGAUAAAGAUGUUGUCAAAGAUGAUUUCAUCGGCAAAAUUGUCUUUGAUCUUGUCGAGAUCCCUAGACGGGUUCCACCAGAUAGUCCAUUGGCACCACAAUGGUACAGAUUGGAAGACAAAAAGGGUGACAAGCUCAAACAUGGAGAAAUCAUGCUUGCUCUUUGGAAAGGAACUCAGGCAGACGAGUGUUUUCCUGAUGCUUGGCAUUCUGAUGCAGCAGCAGUCGGAAGUGAUGGCAUCACCAAAAUCAGAGGCAAAGUUUACAUGUCCCCUAAACUUUGGUAUCUCAGAGUCAAUGUUAUUGAAUGUCAGGAUCUGGUUCCAAGUGAUAAGAAUAGGGUACCUGAAGUUUGCGCCAAGGUUGUCCACGGGAAUCAGGCGUUGAGAACUAAAAUAGUGAAGGGCGUAAAUCCAUUGUGGAAUGAGGAUCUGAUUUUUGUAGCUGCUGAAAGAUUUGAGGAGCAGUUGAUAAUAACAGUGGAUGACAAGGACGAAAAUCUUGGGAAAUGUAUGAUUAUGCUCAACUCUGUACCCCGGAGACUUGACAAUAAGCCUGUGCCAUCCAAAUGGCAUAACCUAGAGAAGCAUAUAAUUGUAGAAGGUCAAAAGAGGGAGGUUAAGUUUGCUAGCAAGAUUCAUUUGAGGAUCAGCUUGGAUGGUGGUUAUCAUGUGUUUGAUGAGUCCACACACUACAGCAGCGAUCUCAGGCCGACUUCAAGGCAGCUGUGGAAGUCCAGCAUUGGCCUUCUUGAGUUGGGAAUCAUAAGUGCCACAGGGUUGUCAUCAAUGAAGAAGAAUAAAGACGGGAAAGGCUGUACUGACGCGUAUUGUGUUGCCAAAUAUGGACCUAAGUGGGUACGGACAAGGACAAUCCUCGAUAGCAACUCGCCUAAAUGGAAUGAGCAGUACACGUGGGAGGUGUAUGAUCCUUGUACUGUGAUCACAGUAGGAGUGUUUGACAAUGGUCAUCUUUCGGGUGGAAGUGAUUCCAGAAUUGGAAAGGUAAGGAUCAGGCUAUCUACUCUUGAAACAGAACGGGUUUACACGCAUUCGUAUCCCCUAAUUGUCUUGCAACCUUCAGGAGUGAAAAAGAUGGGAGAAGUUCAGUUAGCUGUGAGGUUCUCAUGUUCCUCUUAUUUUAACAUGCUGUACAAGUAUACUCAUCCAAUUCUGCCAAAGAUGCACUAUGUUCAUCCUUUGUCGGUGAAUCAGAUCGAUGUCUUAAGGUUUCACGCUAUUCAGAUCAAUGUGGUAAGACUAGGCCGAGCAGAGCCGCCUCUGAAGAAAGAAGUUGUGGAGUAUAUGCUAGAUGUUGGUUCACAUAUAUGGAGUGUGAGGAAAGCAAAAGCCAAUUUUUUCAGAAUAAUGAAUGUUCUGAGUGGUUUCAUAGCAAUUGCAAAAUGGUUUAAUCAAGUAUGCCAUUGGAAAAAUCCAAUCACAACCAUUCUGAUUCACAUUCUGUUCGUGAUUCUAGUUCUGUAUCCUGAACUGAUCCUCCCAACUUUCUUCCUCUAUCUCUUCUUCAUUGGCGCUUGGCGGUACCGAUGGAAACCAAGGCACCCUCCACACAUGGACAUUAGGCUUUCUCAUGCUGAUGCAGUUGGCCCUGAUGAACUUGAUGAAGAGUUCGAUCCAUUCCCAACAACAAAGCCGCCAGAUAAGGUGCGAAUGAGGUAUGAUCGGCUGAGAAGCAUUGGAGGACGGAUCCAGACUGUGAUCGGCGAUUUAGCAACUCAAGGGGAAAGAUUUUACUCCCUUCUGAGCUGGAGGGAUCCAAGAGCAUCAGCAUUGUUCUUGACAUUCUGCCUGAUAAUUGCAUUUGUGCUCUACAUUACACCAUUCCAGAUAGUGAUACUUCUUGGUGGAUUUUAUGUGUUAAGACAUCCAAAAUUUCGAGAGAAACUUCCCGCAAUGUCUUCCAACUUCUUCAGAAGGUUGCCAGCAAAAUCAGACCUGUUGCUCUAAGCAAUCUCUGUAAUAUUGCAUAGGGAUUUAUAUUAUUGAUUGUUGUAUUGGUCAUCCAAGAAUCAUGAAUCCAAAAUGUCACCUAUCUUUUUAGUGUCUUCAUGUAAGAAGAUCCUGAUUAAGAUUUGUAAUAUUGAUUAAUAAUUGGGAGAUUUUGCUUCUUCAAAAGGGACUUUUCAGCUCAAAUCUCUAUAUUAAUCGAGACAAUGCCUUCAAACACCGAAUUAGUUUAUUCACUUAGUAAAUUAUGUUUUUGAGUCUUGUCUUUUGUGUUUCUAAUUCACAAUCUCUACGC